UCUCCCGGUUGAUUUCGUCAUAAAAGCAUGCUGAUAGUGAGUACAUGAUUAACUAGAAUUUACCGGUAUAUAUAAAGGUUCUCGGCGAAUGAUAAAGUUUGUUAAAUUGUUACUGGGAUUUACUGAUACCGUUAACUGAUCAAAAUGGAAAACAGAAUGGAUGAAGCUUCAAAUACCACGAAUGGAACAGAAUUUCAACAACAGUCGUUGUUAUCGGCGUUGUAUAAAUUCGUACAAGCCGUGAAAAAUAUGGACGAAGCUGUUAUGAUUCCAAGUAAAUUGAGGGAUAUGGAUGUCGGGGAGUCCACUGGUGUUUUGUCGGAAGAAAAUAAUAAUAAGGCAUUAGUGCCUUGCAUACCUGCUGGUUCAGACUUAUAUAGUUUUUAUUCCAUGCUAAAUGCCGUGAAACACGAAAUCAUAUCAGGACCUGCCCGUGAUGGUGAUUUCUGCGAACUGGAGGAUAACGCAGACGAUAGUUCCAAAAAAACCUCUGCUGCGUUUAGACACCACUUGCAAGGCAUUUUCGGACUUUUACAUCAACUGACAGAAACAGCAAAUUUCUUAACUCAUCGUUACGAGGGCGAAGUGACUCAGAACUCUGGCAGUAUUUCGUCAUUUGGCUUAUAGAUGAGUGUCAUGUACUGAAAGUGGAGCAGAGAAAGUUCUUGUUCGAUCAAUAAAUAUGGGGAUUCAUUCAGUCUUGUUGACAAUCAGGACGUUUUUGUUUAAAAACUACAAUUAUUUUCUAAUACGAGACUCUCCGUGCAGUGAUUUAUUUUACAUAGAGGAUACAAAUUGCCAUUUAUAUAUCAACUGGAGAACGUUGAUAUUCAUAAACGUUAUAUGGGUGCCGAGUCCUGGCAGACAGAAUGAUUAUCAUAAAACCAUCUGUUUUCAAGGACGCGAAUGUACGACAAGAACCCAGACGGCACCCGUACAAAAGUAACAAUAUAAUUUAGCAUUUCAAUUCAUAUUUAAGUAGAAUCAUCAAGGCAGCUGUAAUAAACGUGUGUGUUUUUGAAGGGUGAAUGGUUAUUUAUUUGAUAAUUUGAAUGUUUGUGAAUGACUUAAAAACGUGAGAAAGAAAGAAUUUAUGUAACCGGAAAAUGUAAAUACGUCCUCGCGAAAGUUACGCACCUUUGAGGGAGCACCAUAAUUUGUGAGUGUAUUAGAUACUUAAUUAUUUUAAUUGAUCACAAUGUUCGCCUUUUAAUUGCAAUUAUCCAACGACGUGGUCUAGGUGGUCUUGAUAUAAUAAGUUUUCAAAUUAUAUUAAAUUUGAUCGAAUAAAUUUAAAUUGGAUUAACACAUGUACAUAACUUAUAGUUUUCUACAGACAUAAUAUGAUUGUAAAUACAUGUAUGAUAAUGUACUUCUGAGUCGGUGUAAAAAGGUAGCUGCCCGUAUUGUUGAAUGUAAGCUGUCUAUUCCUAUCACAUCGCGUGAUUAUUGUAUGUUUGAAGCGCCAGUUCAGCCGCAAAUUGUUUUUGCUAUCAUGGGCAGCCAAGCAUACAUUUAACUUUAAAAGGCAUGAAGUACAUUUAUUUGGGGCUUGUCUGCGAUAUCACCAAAGGUGGAAGCGGACGUAAAAAAACCUCGACAAACGAUGUUAUUUGGGAAUUGAAUAGAAUUCAUUGUCUCAUCAACAAUGUUUCGUUCAACUGUAUAUGACAUACUGACAUUUUUAGUUGCUAUGUAAUGUAUGCAAUGUGAUUUUGUAAGAUAUUUGAGUACAUUUGACUGUCUAAUGUACAAAUAUUUGAAUGAAUACAACACGUGAAUAAAGCUCAAACUAACCAA